CAAACCUGCGUAGACAGAAAUUGAAUUUGUUUCCAUCUGCUCGUCGGUGUGAACGUUAUUAAGUUGUAAUAAUUCAGAUUUAUCGUUUAAUUUGCUUUAUUAAACAAAUAAAUACCUGUCGCAGCCUAGCAGCAAUAUUCAACAUUUAAAUUACUUUUAAAAUUUGCACCGCGAAUCUGCAUCUUUGUAAACGCUUGCCUACGAAAUUUCAGUAAAUUUGGAAAAAUGGCAGGACCACUUCCAUUGCUUUCUGAGGAACCGGCUUAUCAAAAAUUGCAACAAUUUUAUAAUGCCCACGGCAAAGAUAUUAAGAUAAAGGAACUUUUUGCUAGUGAUACUAAUCGCUUCAAUAAGUAUAGUCUGCGUUUGAAGACACCCAAUGAUGGCGAGAUAUUGAUUGACUAUUCAAAAAAUCGCAUUACAGAGGACGUGUGGCCUUUGUUAUUUGACUUGGCAAAAUCACGUAAGGUAACGCAAGCGCGCGACGCCAUGUUCUCUGGAGAGCCCAUUAAUAUUACAGAAAAUCGAGCCGUACUCCAUGUUGCACUACGAAAUCGCGGAAAUGAACCAAUCCUUGUCGAUGGUAAUGAUGUAAUGCCGUUAGUGCGGGCUGAAUUAUCCCACAUGAAGGAGUUCACCAAUCAAGUUAUCUCAGGCGUCUGGCGGGGCUGUACCGGCAAGCAAAUCACCGAUGUGGUUAACAUUGGCAUUGGCGGCUCCGAUUUGGGACCUUUGAUGGUAACUGAAGCACUCAAGCCCUAUUGCAAGGGCUUGCACUCCCAUUUCGUUUCAAAUAUUGACGGAACACAUAUGGCAGAGGUACUAAAACGGGUUAACUAUGAGACAACGCUUUUUAUUGUUGCCUCGAAAACAUUCACGACGCAAGAGACCAUAACUAAUGCCACAUCGGCAAAGACCUGGUUGCUAGAGCAAGCAAAAGAUUCUGCUGCUGUGGCUAAGCAUUUCGUCGCCUUGUCGACAAAUAAGGAGAAGGUGACUGCAUUCGGCAUUGACAGUAAGAACAUGUUUGGCUUUUGGGAUUGGGUUGGUGGGCGCUACUCACUUUGGUCUGCCAUUGGCUUAUCCAUAUGCCUAUCAAUCGGAUUUGAAAACUUCGAGCAUUUGCUUGAGGGAGCCCACUUUAUGGAUAACCACUUUAGAACUGCGCCAUUGGAGCAGAACGCACCGGUGAUAUUAGCACUUUUAGGUAUUUGGUAUUCGAACUUCUUCAAUGCAGAGACACAUGCUCUACUUCCUUACGAUCAGUAUUUGCAUCGUUUCGCCGCCUAUUUCCAGCAGGGUGAUAUGGAGAGCAAUGGAAAGUUCGUAACUAAAACCGGCUCCAAGGUAGUUAACUACAACACCGGUCCAAUCGUGUGGGGUGAGCCCGGCACCAAUGGUCAACAUGCCUUUUACCAACUGAUUCAUCAGGGUACUAGAUUGAUUCCUUGCGAUUUUAUUGCACCAGCACAAACACAUAACCCCAUCGCUGGCGGAGCACACCAUAAAAUUCUUUUGGCCAACUUCUUGGCGCAGACAGAGGCGUUGAUGCAAGGAAAAACUACCGCCCAAGCGCGCUUGGAACUGGAGCAGGCAGGUUUGUCCGGUGUGAAGCUGGAGGCGCUGUUACCUCAUAAGACAUUUACUGGCAAUCGCCCCACUAAUUCAAUUGUGGUGAAGAAAGUCACACCAUUCACAUUAGGCACCCUGAUUGCUUUGUAUGAACAUAAAAUCUUUACACAAGGCAUAAUCUGGGAUAUAAAUUCUUUCGACCAAUGGGGUGUCGAAUUAGGCAAACAGUUAGCCAAGGCAAUUGAACCAGAAUUAGCAACAGCGGAUGAAGUUACUACACACGAUGCAUCAACUAAUGGACUUAUCAACUUUCUCAAAGCGAACUGGUAAACAACUCCUAAUAUUGCCCUUACCGUACUCUAGCCGCCGAGGACAAUUUGGGAGAAAGUAGUUUUCAAAAACGCAAAAAUCAUUAAAAAAAAAAAGGUAUAAUGAGGAAAUCCGUUCACAAAAAUGAAGUAGGAUUGUAGCUGAUGCACUACAGGCUUUAUAUACAUAUAAUUUCCAAGAGUUUGCUUAACCGUAUUAGAAACAUUCACACUAUAAAUGGUAGUUUUAAAGCUUAUACUUGUGAAUGCAAAUUGUUGUUUAGUUUUCAGAUUUAUUGAAGGGGAAAAUUAAAAUCAAUUUAGUAAUGAAAAUCGGAAAUGUUAAAGAUACAUAUUUGUCUACUUCCUAGGGGAGUUAUACAUACAUAUUAAGUUUUGUUUAGGAUAUCACUGAUGUGGGACAAUUGUUGAAAAUUAAUAGAGCUUAGUCACUUUCCUCAAUUCGGUAUGUUAAAAGAAAAAUAAAUUUGAUGUUAGAAAGUUAA